AUGCAAACGGCGCCCGAGGAGAAUAGAAUCCAUGGCAUUAGCAUGCGCGUGGAGCCUGCUGCGGGUGAAGCUUUUGCAGAACAACAGCAAAGAGCCAGAGUGACAGGGCUCGAGAGCACUGUGGCAGCUCGCGUGCUUGACUCGGCGGCGAAGGAAAAAGAACUUCAGGAGAAGUUCGACAAAUUCAAGCAACUGGAAGUGGAACAAGUCAUUCAACUCGAGCAUCUCGCGACCGUUGAACAGGAGAAUCGGGGUCGCAUCGACGAGCUGAAACGGUCUGCGGCGGAUCCGGGGCUUGAAGCAAUGGAGCGCGAUAAGCGGUCAGUCGUACGACAACUGGAGGAAGAGGAAAGACGAUUGCGCUCCAUGGUGGAUGAUUUUACUGCCAAAGUUCGCGCACUAUCUGCAGAAGAGCAAGCCAAAGCGAAUUCCGCAGCUGCCAUAGAACAACAACAAAGGUCCACUGUUGAAAAGCUAACGAAUAAGGAAUUAAGGCGGGCAAGCCACGAAGGAGGCAGGUCUGCUACCACGGAACAAGCUGCCGAGGCAGAUGUGCAGGAAGAAACAAACGGUGGUCCUGGAUUGGAGGACAUGAUCAGGGACGCAUUGGGUCCUGAAGAAGAUCAUCCAACGCAGGCGGAGGACGUGCCGCUGCCACUAUUCUCACGGGGUAUACCAGCGGCGGAAGGAGAGAUGGAAGCGUCUGCCGAGGUUUGA